AUGGGCUCCACAACACAAAAACCGGUCCUCAUAUCCGGCGGAGGCAUUGCGGCAUUGCUGUUUGCAAGGUCGAUGCUCCGCCAGAAGAUCCCCUUCAUCGUCUACGAACGCGAUGCAUCGAUAGUGUUCCGCGCACAGGGUUAUCGCCUGCGCCUCUCAUCUGUCGGACUAGACGCUAUCGAGUCAGUCCUUGGGCCAGAGGCUUUUGAAAGAUUCUAUGAUGCCUGUGGUAAGACUGGAGGAGCAGGAUUCGCAGCUAUUGAUCCUUUGACUGGCGAGACGCUUGGCAGCGACGCGCCAAGCGUAAGCAAGGAGACGCUCACAAGUCGAGGAGGCCAAGUCGUUGGCAUCAGUCGCGGCGAUAUGCGCAAGAUCUUCUCAGAAGGACUGGAAGACAAUGUGCGCUGGAGCCAUCACGUGACUGGGUAUGAGAAGACUGAAGGCGGCGUUCGACUGAUCUUCAAGGAUGGCAGCAAGAGUGAGGAGGGAAGUCUGUUGGUCGGAGGGGAGGGUGUCAAGAGCCCAGUUGGAGGGCAGUUGUCGAAUGGCGCAAUCAAAGUCUACGAUCUUGGUUCAAGAGGUAUUCACGGACAGGCGCCCACCAGCGCGUUUAAGGGCCUAGGAGAGGGUGUGUUCCGUCUUGUAGAUGAUACCACUCAGCCCAACGGUGGAAAGGUCUUCAUCAUCACGAACGUCAGAGCCAACGAUAUGGGCAACCCAGAUACCAACUUUGGCUGGACAAUGGGUGGAAGUCCCGGCGUGAUCACUGCGCCCAACGACAACUACACCAUCAUCGGCAAGCCAGCUGCUUCAAUCGCCAAAUCGUUGACUUCCCACUGGCAUGAGCGUGUAAAACCAUUGUUCGACAACAUGGUCGAGGACGAGGCCGCAUUCUGGAAAAUCACAUGCUCCGAUCCAAAAGGCGUACCAGGAUGGCCGAAUGAAUCGCGCGUGACCAUCAUUGGGGACGCUGUCCAUGCCAUGACACCUGCAGGAGGUAACGGUGCGAACACAGCAGUUCGCGAUUCCGAUCUCCUUGGUCGAUUGGUCGGCGAAGCCUGGGCUCAAAGAAAGGGAGACACCUGGGAAGGCGUCACCGCCGCAUAUGAGAAAGAGAUGCGUGAGUACGCCAGUGCCGCAGUCAAAGAGAGCUUUGGACAAGCGACAGAGCAAUUUGGCAUAAAGCUCGAUCUUGCGACAGCGCCUACCGUCAACGAAUACGUAGCUCCAAACUAG